GGGUGUGCAUUGGAGUAAGAACGAAGUGAGAGCAACUUCUUCCACCAACUCCACCAACCGCAAGAGCGACCGUAAGGGGAAGGGCAUGUACAUCCAUAACUUGGGUGCUCAAUCUUUAGUCAGUCUGGGGGAUAGCUUGGUAAGCUUGUCGGUUUUUAUUAUAUUAUUUAAGAUUCUAAUAUUUUUUUUGUGCAUUUGUUUUAAUUACUAAUGUUUGUUUAAUUUAUGUUUUUUUCAAGGCAGAAGAAAAUGAGGGGGAGCCGGUUGAUCAUCUCACCCUAAUAAAGACGGCGUAUACCAACAAGAAGACCGGCGAGAUUGAUGAUGGUGUUGUGAGGGAUGUGGUCACCCUCAUCGACAGUCAGAUGGAACAGGAAGUGUCUCAGCUUCAAACCGAGGAUGACGAUUCGACGGGAUCGACCGGCUUGCCUCGGGUUCGGAUCAACCAAAUCGUUGAAGCGUCGGUUCCAAAGAAGAAGGGCCGUUUGUUCGGUUUGGCUCGUCGGUCCAACUCGGUUCCGUCUGCUUCUGCACCACCGUCCUUUGUUGAUCAAGAAGUCCUUCUGAAUCAGAUGAGGGACAAGGAUGCUCGCAUAUCUGCGUUGGAGUCCAUGGUGGCGAGUCAAGAGGCGGGCUGGGAGGCACAGAGGAAGCUGAACGAGCAAAUGAUGGCGAUGAUGAGGAGCAUGAACCCGAACGCCAACGUGGACCUCCCGACCAUGCCAGACCCGAACUUCCAAAACCCGUAGUUUAAUUUCUUUCAAAAACUCGAAAUGUUUUAUUUUGAUUUGUAUGACUUUGAAUUUAUAUAAUAUGUUUUCAAUUUAAAUUUAAAU